AUGUCUGACCAGCACCACGACAAGCGCUCCGUCGACAUCGAGAAGGAUUCGGCGUUGCGCUCAGACUCCCCGGCCCAUGAAGUCCCAACUAUAGCUUCGCCAACCGUCGGUCACUCGUGGGCAUCAUUUCCACUGGCCAAAAAGCUCUUGAGCUGGGGUGUGGAAGCGCGAGGAACCGUACCGGUACCACUUGAGGAACGGACAGAGACACAUUUCUCCAAGAUCUUUUUCGUUUGGUUCUCCAUGAACUUCAACAUCCUCUCGUUUUCUACCGGCACAUUGGGUCCUGCCGCCUUCGGAUUGGACCUCACUGCAUCGUGUCUCGUUAUAUUAUUCUUUAAUAUGUUGUGUUGCGCGCUCCCAGCUUACCUCAGCACAUGGGGACCGAGAACGGGAAUGCGGCAGAUGAUCCACUCGCGCUACAGCUUCGGUUAUUAUGGCAUUAUCAUACCUGCCAUUCUUAACUUGAUCGGGUUGUGUGGUUUCAACAUCUUGAAUUGCAUACUCGGAGGACAGGCACUUUCCAGCGUUUCUCCCAAUGGUGAUAUGAGCUGGAGCGUCGGUAUCGUAAUUAUUGGUGUAAUAUCGCUCUUGAUUUCCUUCUGUGGCUUCAAAGUUCUCACUUGGUAUGAACGGGUGGCCUGGUUUCCAGUGCUUGUCACUUUUAUCAUCGCACUUGGUGUGGGUGGAAAACACCUCGGCAAUCCUCCCGCUGCGGUACCUGCCACGGCCGUAACUGUUUUGGGCUUUGCGUCCACCAUAGCCGGUUUCGUUAUCACCUAUUCCGCAAUGGCGUCCGAUUUUUCAAACUAUUUCGAGCCAGAUGUAUCAAGGACAAAAAUAUUCUUCUACUCUUACCUUGGCUAUCUUAUUCCCAUCAUCCCUCUUGAAUGUCUCGGUGCUGCCUGUGCGAUCGCAGCACCGUCGGUACCUUCAUGGAAUGCCGGGUAUGCCAACGGCAAUGUCGGCGGCCUACUUGAAGCUAUACUGAGCCCCCUUGGCAACUUCGGGAAAUUCCUCACCGUGUUACUCAGUCUCAGUGUCACGGGAAACAUUGCAGCCACGCUCUAUUCCAUCUGCUUCAAUUUCCAGGUAUGCCUCCCUGUACUGGCACGGGUUCCAAGAUAUGUAUUCUCGAUCGUCGGGACUGCAAUUGCACUCCCACUCUCUAUCGUCGGAGCACAUAGGUUCUACUCUGCAUUGACUGAUUUCCUCAGUCUCAUUGGCUACUGGGCCAGUGCAUACGGUGCCGUUCUCCUCAUAGAGCACCAUUAUUUCCGCCGUGGCGAUUUUUCAACUUAUAAUAUCAACGAUUGGAACGUUCCGCGGCGUCUACCAUGGGGCGCUGGGCUCCUUGCAGGCGUUCUGGCUUUCGGUCUGAUCAUACCCUCGAUGAACCAGGUGUGGUUCAUCGGUCCUAUUGGUGCAUUGACCGGUGACAUCGGGUUCGAGAUUGCUUUCCCUCUGGCGGCGGUGCUGUACGUACCGCUGAGGCACCUUGAGCUCAAAUAUCAGAAGAUCGAAUGACUCAACACCUGAACGUGGGCCUUCUAUACUUAUUCUAUCUAGCUCUCUCCGCUAUCUGUACCUGGAUAUAUUGUACACCUGAUCCGCUAUUGGGUCGAAACUCGGAUCUUUCGGUAUGUAAAAGUGUGCUCACUUGGAAGGGAUCUUGGACUUUUGAUUAUAUAACUUUUCUUGGAUACCUUUUUUGCACCACUCAGGCUCCAUGACUUUCCUAGUCCCAUUCGUUCAUACUAUUCACAUCUAUUCACGUCGCUUCAAUUAACUGCAAUACUCGUAGCUAGAGAUACGAUAUAAUGUACGAGAGAAGUUUGUACUGACAUAGAGUUUGCGUCUUAAUGACGAAUUUUACUGUAGCCGAUCAUUCGGUCGUUGUGUUUGAU